CAGGAAACAUUAACAAAAAUAUAUGAAGCAUCUGAAAGCAUAUUUAGUUUAAGAAAGAAAAUCUUCAUCAUGGGUUCUAUUGUGCUUACUAUAAUUUUACUGGCUGUAUUUUCCUCAACGGUAUAUUGUAAAGAUUCUACAAAACAGACUGAAAACAAAGUAGGAUGUGUAGUGUGUCAUCCAUUAGAUAAAGAACGAAUUAAUAUCCACUUGAUUCCACAUUCCCAUGAUGAUGUGGGCUGGUUAAAAUCGUUUGAUGAAUACUACUAUGGCUUGAACGUAAUUGCUACUAGAAUUCCCAUAGCUGUAAAACAUAUAAUAACAUCUGUAGUAGAGGAGUUGAAGAAAAAUACGGAUAGAAGGUAUAUCCAAGUGGAGACAGCUUUCUUUUAUAAAUGGUGGAAAGAACAAGACGAAACUAUGCAGCUUGCGUUCAAAAAUCUUGUAGAUAAUGGACAGCUCGAAAUAGUAAGUGGGGGAUGGAGCAUGAACGAUGAAGCUUGUACCAAUUACCAAUCAACUAUCGACCAAUUUACUUUGGGAUUCAGGAUAAUUGAAGAGACUCUAGGUAAGUGUGGAAGAUCUAGAGUAGGUUGGCAAAUAGAUCCUUUUGGACACAGUAGAGAGCAAGCUUCCAUUCUAGCUCAAAUGGGUUAUAAUGGAAUGUUCUUUAGUAGAUUGGACCAUUCAGAUCGCUCAAUAAGGGAACAAGAACACAGAUUAGAUUUUGCUUGGCAAGGAAGUGCUAAUUUAGAUGACAGCAUUAUAUUUGGCAGCAUUUUCCCUAAUAAAGGUUACGAUGCACCAAAUGGUUUCUGUUGGGAUAUAGGUUGUCAAAAUGAUCAAAUUGUGGAUGAUAACAGUAGCAUCUAUUUUAACCUAGACGAUCAGGUUAGCCGUUUCACCGAUAUUUUAGAUGGGUAUGCUAAAUUUUAUUCCACAGAUAACAAGAAUAUUUUGGUCGUAAUGGGUGGAGAUUUUCAAUACCAACAAUCUGCAAUGUAUUUUGAUAAUAUGGACAAGCUGAUAAAGGGUUUUAAGAAUCAUCAGAAGUACAAUUUGAUUUAUUCUACGCCAUCUUGUUAUAUGAAGAGUGUACACGAUGAUAACGUAAAUCUAACACUAAAAACUGAUGACUUCUUUCCAUAUAGUGAUUUCAAUCAUGCUUUUUGGGCGGGUUAUUUUACUUCCAGGACCAAUUUGAAAAGGUUUGAAAGGGUCGGAAACAACAUACUUCAGGCAAGUAAACAGUUAUAUGCACUUAGUUCCAAAAGAGGUUAUGAUGAGAAUUUAAUGGAUCUUAAAAAAGCUCUCGGAACAUUACAACAUCAUGAUGCAAUAACCGGUACUGCAACCCAAGCAGUUACUAAUGAUUAUGUAAGAACCUUAAGUGCUGCUAUUAAAAAAACAGAAGAACCACUUACUGAAAUAAUAAGCGAACUACUAGAGGUAAAGACAGAAUUAGACUGGAACCUGAGUUCCUGUCUUCUUACCAAUUUUAGUAUAUGUGCUACUUCCCAAAAGAGUGAUAAAUUUGUCGUCGUCAUCUAUAAUCCACUAGCAUGGAAGGUAACGCAUUAUAUCAGGCUGCCUGUGGAAGACGGAAAAUAUAUUAUUAAUGGACCGGAUGGACUUGAAGAAUAUGAUAUGAUAAAAUCUCUUAGUACAUUUAGCUUCGUUAAAAUUGUAAAUGAAACCCCUAGUGCAUACGAGCUUGUUUUUGCCGCCAGAGAUAUAAAACCACUUGGCUUAAAAAUCUACCAUAUCGAGAAACAAAAGCAAGAAGUUAUAGACCCAAAAAGAGCAAACCUGGAAAAUCUGACUAGUUUUCAAUUAGACAACAAGACUAACCUUCUUAGCACCGUUACUAUAAACGGUAUAUCCUUGAAAUUAAAACAAAACUUUUAUUACUAUACAUCUAGUGUAGGAACGGGCGAAAAGGAGUAUGUAACAUCUGGAGCCUAUGUCUUUACUCCUACAAAGGACAUACCUGAAGAACUUACAAGUGUCGAAGUGAUUGGUUCGUACAAUGGAAAACUGGUUGAAGAAGUUCAUCAAAAGUGGAUUACUAACAUUUCUGAUAUUUACCAAAGUAUUAGGUGGUACAAAACUGACAAUCAUAUAGAAUUGGAUUGGUUGGUGGGAAAUAUCGACACACAAACCAUAUUUAGUGGUAUAGAAGUCAUAAGUCGUUUCGACAUAGACGAUUUUGAUAACCAAAAUGUCUUCUAUACCGACUCCAAUGGUCGGGAAACUAUUAAGAGGAUUAAAAACCAACGGGCUGACUAUACUUAUAAUACUACUUGGGAACCUGUCUCUAGUAACUACUAUCCAGUAACCUCAAAGAUAGUUAUCAAAGAUGAAGAAAAACAUGUGGAGAUGGCGGUUCUCACUGACAGGUCCCAAGGUGGUUCAAGUGUGGAGAAUAAUCAAAUCGAGUUGAUGAUACACAGGCGAACAGUAUUUGAUGAUGGCAAGGGUGUUGACGAACCUCUUUCUGAGACAGAAUUCGAUCCAGAAUUAGGAAUGUAUGCCAGAGGUUCACAUUAUUUGGUCAUAGGCAACACAGAAAAAAUAAACAAAGACGGAAAGACAACAACUGGACAGGAACGUGUAUUAGCUCAAAAAAAACUUCGCCAACCGUGGAUUGGACUGUCGCCUACCAAACAAACAUUUGAUGAAUUAAAAAAAUCCAUGAAUCUGCAGUACUCUGGGCUAAGUGAAGAACUUCCAGAAAACGUUAAUAUAUUAACUCUAGAACCAUGGAGAAGCGGGAGUUACCUGGUGAGAUUCGAGCAUAUUUUAGAGAAAAAUGAAGAUCCUAACUUAUCAAACACAUCGACAUUUAAUAUAGAGAACCUGAUAGAAGGAAAAAACGUUCACACAAUAACAGAGAUGGCACUUGGAGCAAAUUUACCACUAAGUGAACUCAAAGAAACACCCAGAUAUGUAUGGAAUGUCAAAAAUGGAAGUACUUAUUCAGAGAGUUCAGAAAUUACUAAAACUGUAGGAGAUAAUGGAGAAAUAUCUUUGGUUCCAAUGCAGAUAAGGACCUUCAUCCUGUCUACAAAAUCGAGUCCUUCGAAUGGAAAUGUCGCAUUAUUUAACUUAUUUUUGAGUUUAAUUUUAUUACUAAAACUUUUUAUAUUGUAAAACAUGUUGAAAUAAAAUUUUCUUUAAAUAAUG